GGACAGGGGGCGGAGGGAGGUGUCGGCCCGGGUGGACAAGGCCGUGGGAUCGGGGCGGCCGGAGGAACGGACCCUCGGACAGCUGGACCUCCGUGCCCUUGGCGUGCAGCUCGGCCUGCAAGAUGGCGGACCCCGACAUUGGCCUUCCGAAUAUCGAAGAGAAGCCUGGACUGCAGAUAUGGACCAUCGAGAAAAUGAAGAUGGUUCCCAUCCCUGAGAAGUCCUAUGGGAGCUUCUACGAGGGAGACUGCUACAUCAUUCUCCACAACAAGCAGACCUCCAGGGGCACCUCCAGGAACAUCCACUACUGGAUCGGAAAGGAUUCGUCCCAGGAUGAGCAGGGGGCAGCGGCCAUCUACACCACGCAGCUGGACGAUGUCCUGGGGGGCUGCCCCGUGCAGCAUCGCGAGGUGCAGGGAUACGAGUCCGAGGUCUUCAAGAGUUAUUUCAAGAAAGCCGUCAUCUACAAGAAGGGAGCCCACUCCUUGGUGUUCAAGAAUGUCGAGCUCGAAUCCAUGUUCAACAUGAAGCGCCUUCUGCACAUCAAGGGCAAGAAGCACGUGUCCGCCACGGAGAUGGAACUCAGCUGGAACAGCUUCAACAAGGGAGGCGUCUUCCUGCUGGAUCUGGGAAAGCUGCUGAUUCAGUGGAACGGGCCCCAGAGCAACGUGGCCGAGAAAUCCAAGGGCCUGGCCCUGGCGCGGAGCAUCCGAGACGGGGAGCGGAGCGGCCGCGCGCAGAUCAGCGUGGUGAACGACGAGGCGAUCUCCCGCGAGCUGAUGCUCAUUAUGGAGACGGUGCUCGGCCCGCGGCCCCGCCAGCUGCGCGAAGCCGUCCUGGCCCCGCAGGUCGACCUGAUGCAGAAGGGGAACGUCCGGCUCUACCGCGUCUACGAGAAGGGCGAGAAUCUGGUCGUGCAAGAACUCGCCAUGAGGCCGCUCACGCAGGACCUGCUGCAUCACGAGGACUGCCACAUUCUGGAUCAGGGAGGCUUCAAGAUCUACGUGUGGCGGGGACGGGCGUCUAGUCCGAUGGAGAAGAGGGCUGCGUUCAGCAGGGCCGUGGGUUUUAUCCAGGCCAAGGGCUACUCCGCCAGCACCAACGUGGAGGUGGUGAACGACGGGGCCGAGUCGGCCACGUUCAAGCAGCUGUUCCAACGGUGGACGGACAGGGACGAGACCCAGACCCCGAGCAGAGCCUACAGCCAGGGCCGGAUCGCCAAGGUGGAACCGGUGAAGUUUGACGCCUCGCAGCUGCACGCUCACCCGGAGCUGGCGGCCGAGCAGAGGAUGGUGGAUGAUGGAUCCGGCACCGUGGAGGUGUGGCGGUUGGAGGACCUGCAUCUGAAGCCGGUGGAGGCCAGGACGUACGGGCAGUUCUACGACGGCUAUUGCUACCUGGUCCUGUACACCUACCGGAAAUCCGGCCACCCCUGCUACAUCCUCUACUCCUGGCAGGGCCGACACGCCAGCGGGGACGAGAUCACCGCCUUGGCCGUGGAAGCGGCCGAGCUGGACCGCAGGUUUCAGGAGGAGCCGGUCCACGUGCGGAUCACCGUGGGCAAGGAGCCGCGCCACUUCCUGGCCAUCUUCGGAGGGCGACUCAUCUUGUACAAGGGAAGGGCGAGCCGGGACGGGAAGAAGGGGCUGGAGCCGGCGACCCGGCUGUUCCAGGUGCGCACUACGGAUAAUGGCCACAGCAGGACCAUGGAGGUGCCCGCCCGGGCCUCGGCCCUCAAUUCCAGUGACGUCUACAUACUUGAGGCUGGACAAGUGUGCUAUCUGUGGUGUGGGAAGGGCUGCAGUGGAGACGAACGGGAAACGGCCAAGGUCGUGGCCGAAACCCUGUGUCAGCUGGAUAAACUGACCAUGCUGGAGGGCCAGGAGCCGUCGUACUUCUGGGAGGUCCUGGGCGGCCGAGCCCCCUACGCCAGCGACAAGCGGGUCCAGGAACUCAAGGUCCAGUACCAACCCCGCCUGUUCGAGUGCUCCAAUCAAACCGGCCGGUUCAUCAUGACCGAGAUGGUGGACUUCUGCCAAGAUGAUCUGGACGAGGGAGAUGUCAUGCUGCUGGACACCUGGGAGGAGAUUUUCCUGUGGAUUGGGAAAGCCUCCAAUACCUACGAGCGGAAUGAGUCACUGACCUCGGCUCAGGAAUACCUGAAGACCCACCCAGCGGGCCGCGACCCCGCCAUCCCCAUCAUCACGGUCAAACAAGGCCACGAGCCCCUCACCUUCUCUGGCUGGUUCAAUGCCUGGGACCCUUACAAGUGGCGUGAAAUCAAGUCAUUCGAGGAGACAAAAAGCAGCCUGGGGGACUUGUUGGCUAUCUCUGAGAUGACUAUGGGCCGCGGGGGUGGCGGCGGCAGUUGUGGUGGCUGCGGGGGCAGCAGCAGCGACAGCAGCAACGGCAGCUAUUUCAGCGGCAACAGUAACUGCGACUUGGUGCCCUGUGGCUCCUUCCUCCGCGAGGACUUGGUGAACAAGUCGGUGGAGGAGCUGCCCGAGGGCGUGGACCCGACCCGCAAGGAGUUCUACCUCUCCAACACGGACUUCCUCAUGGUGUUCGGCAAAUCCAAGAACGAAUUUUACCAGAUGCCGCUAUGGAAGCAGCAGAUCGAGAAGAAACAGUUGGGGUUCUUUUGAAGAGGGUCUCUCUCUGUCCCGUGGUCUGACCCCUAAGUGUUGUUUGGGGAGGGGUUCUCUGCCCACAGAGCCCCGCCCCCAGCCCAUCUGCCACACCUCUUGCCCUUGCUUUGUCCUGCUGUCCCCCUACCUCCAACCUGAGCAAGCAGCCCAGACCCCCAGGGGUGGGGAGCAGGGCUGGGGCCCCAUUUCCUUGACCUAGGCCCAUUGGCAGUGGCUCAAGGCCAGUGCUGUUGCUGUUAUGUCUGCCCCACCUCCGUGGAGCCCUGGAUCACCAGGUCUGUCUCCACCCUGCCCCCACACUACCCCACCUCCUGCGCCCCCCAUUGCAACCCCCUCAAUAAAGCUGCUUUUCUCACCCA